GAAUAGUCGCUGUAGCUGAGGCCAUAAAAUGAAGAAGUGAAAGUUGACAGAAAAGUUAUCUAUUGUUGGUAUCAUACAUAUAUGUAAUACAGAUUACAUAUAUUAUAUUGAUCGCCACCCAUAUUAUUUAAAAUCCAAACUAAACAUCUUUAUAACACUUUCAGAAUUAUGGAUAUCAAGAAUGUCGUAGCAGAAAUCGAUGCCUCUAUAAGUGGUGGCGACUUAUACGAUAAAAUAAACUCGUGUCUUAGAUUGUCUUCUGAUGCUUAUUACCUUCUUCAUAAUGGAAAAAUAGUUCAAUCGGGCACCAUUAUUAAAAAUGAAGAUCUUUCUUUUACUCGUAUUGUUCCUAGAGUGUUGGGCGGAAAAGGUGGUUUUGGAUCAAUGUUGCGGGCUAUUGGAGCACAAAUUGAAAAAACAACUAACAGAGAAGCAUGUAGAGAUUUGAGUGGAAGGAGACUGAGAGAUAUUAAUGAAGAAAAAAGAUUAAAAAAUUGGAUUAAUCAGCAAGCUGAAAGGGAAAAAGAGGCAAAAGAGAGAAGAAGGAAAAAGUUGGAAAAACAAUGUGAACAACCAAAACAUGAAUUCAAAGAUCCAGAAUAUGACAAAGAAAGAUCUGAACUUCCAGAAAUUGUUGAAGAUGCAGUUCUUCAAGGACUGCAAGCUUCAAGUAGCAGUUCAAUGAGUACCAAACGGAAACAUGUUCAGGAUGUACCAAUAAAGAAGAAAAAACCAAAAUUAUGGGUUGAUGAUGGAUUAGAGCUGAGUUCAGAUGAAGAUGAAAGUGAAGAAGAAACUGAAAACGCUUUACCUAAAAUUUUGACUGAAGGUAUUUGCCAAUCUAAUGAAUUACAAAGUAGACUAGUGAAUACACAAAACACUGUGGAUGAAGGGAAAGUAAAAUAAAGUUUAUUUGAGUAAAUUUUAUUUAUAAAAUUAUUAAAAACAUUUUGUUUAGAAAAUUAA